AUGAGGUCGUUCCCGUUGAGCCUUUUCCCCAAACUCUCGGUUCUUAUCAUUUGGGAGUGUGAGAAUCUGGAAUCCCUUUCCAUUGAAGGAGUUGAUGAGAAUCUCAGUCACCUCAGUACCUUAUCUAUCAAUGACUGUCCAGAACUGGUGUCUUUUUCCCAACGCAUUCACACCCUCACAGCACUGGAGAUGACUGAACUUCCAAAUCUAGUGUCAUUUGCAGAAGGCCGUUUGCCUCCUAACCUCCGAUAUUUCUGCAUUCAUAAUCGUGACAGACUGAGGGCUUCAGUGGGAGAGUACUGGGGUUUGCAAGGCCUUGUCUCCCUUGAACACUUUACAAUUGGUGGCAGGGGAAGUGACGAUUUCUUGGAGACGUUGCUCAAGGAACAGCUGCUCCUUUCCACUCUUCACACUCUCCGCAUCGGGGGACUUUCAAGUCUGAAAUCUUUGGACGGAAAGGGACUUGGGACACCUCACUUCUCUUCAAGAGCUAUAUAUUAG